GAGUUGCGACCUGCUCGCAACACCCUCCCGUUCGUACCAUAUGAGGACUGGGUCCCAAGCCAGUUAUAUGCAGAAUACCCACCCACUUGCAUGCGCUACAUCAUGGAAUGGAAGUUGACACUGAAUAAGAGAGCAGCAGCCAAGCAGACCGAAGAAAACCUCGUGGUGGCUCCAAGCGACUUCUGGGAUGAGGAGCUGGCAUCCAAGAUCGCCGAUAUCGUGCAGUCGAAAGGCAAAACCUAUAGCGCCGACUCAAUGACGAUCUCCAUCGCCGAUUCUAAAAAGGCCCUUGAUAUCCUAAGAUGUGUGUUACCGCCUACCUUUUAA